ACUAAUAAUAUUUUCUUCUCUCUGAUCUUCAUCCACUUAUCUCUUCUAAUUUCAAGGUAUGCUUCCUAUUUUCUCAAUCUACUUUUCUUCCUUAUUUGAGAGAGAGCCUUUGAUGUUUGAACUGUUCCUUCAAUUCUAAGAUUUCAUGUUUUUUAACAAUAUUUCAGUGCAUGCUUUAUACCACACCGAAUCAAAUCGAAUUUUUAGGAACAAAACAAAACUGAAGAUGAUGAAAAUUGUGUCCCCCAUCUAUGUGCCUGAACUUGGUUUUGAGGAUCUCAAUUUCUUUCACCAAUACCCUAUGGAUUCUCUUUCAUCUCCAUUUGACAACUUUGACAACAACUACGAAACAGCACCAAAUUGUUUACCACUUGAAACUCAUCCUGAUGAUCAUUACGUUGCUCAAACAAGAUCAACCAAGAAGAUCAAGACUUCGAUAAACCUUCCUUCAUAUUCAUCACCUCAACUCAUUUCUUUUGAGAACUUCAAUGCAACACCAGUUGCUUCUAGCGAACUUUACGACCUCGAUUAUUCUGAUGUAAAGCCUAAACUCCAGAAAGGGUAUAAUGAAAACAAAGAAAUUGCCGCAAAUUAUGAUAUCCGAGCGAAUCAGACAAGGAACACAACUCAAGCAAAAGAACAUGUAGUGGCUGAGAGAAAACGAAGAGAAAAGCUCACCAGAAGUUUCAUUGCUCUUUCUGCCAUCGUUCCUGGCCUCAAGAAGAUGGAUAAGGCUUCGGUGUUGGGAGAUGCAAUAACCUAUAUGAAAAAACUACAAGCACGUUUGCAUACACUAGAGGAACAAGCUGAAGACAACAAAAAAACUGGAUCUGCUAUACAAGUGAAGAGAUCUGUUAUCUUCACUGAUCACCAUGAUGAUGAUGACAGCAGCAACUCCAACAACCAAACACUUCCUGAAAUCGAAGUAAGAGUUUCAAGAAAAGAUGUACUCAUCAAGAUCCAAUGCGAAAAACACAAUGGACGUGCCUCUACCUCUACGAUACUCGGAAAAUUAGAAACCCUAAACCUUACAGUUCAAAGUAGUAACUUAUUGCCCUUUGGAAACAACAUUGCUGAUCUAACUAUUGUAGCUCAGAUGAACGAGGAAAACUGUGUGACAGCAAAGGAUCUCCUGGGAAGCAUACGAAAUGCAUUAAUCAUCAAUAAUAAUUAACAAGUUUGAAGGAUUAAUAUUACUUAAUCUACAUCAAUAAGUUUACUCAACAACUAUUUUUAUCACAGUGCUUUCAAUCUUUUUUUUUUCCUUGCUAAGGAUUCUGGAGUAUAGCAUACAAGAAGGAAAGUCCUGUGGUUGGAGAAUCUGAUAUCUGUUUUCAAAUUUUCACAUGUAUGAUUCGUUUGUUUCCCAAGGGUGGUUUUGUUUUGUUCAAGGUUGGUGUGUGGAAUUUCAACAGAUGGUGCCAAAGUGUUUUUUUUUUCUGUUGUUGUUUUUUCAUAGUUGACUUGACUGGUUAACUAUGUUAAUUCCACACAUGUGUAAUUGUUCAUUUUUUAAUCAUUGUUGGUAUGGUUUUUUUAGAAGGUUUGACAUAUUGUAUAGACCUCUUUCUUCCUUCUUUCAUGUUGUGAAAAGGUUCUGGUUUGAUAGAAACUGUGCCAACCACUUCUUUUU